AUGACUUGCGCGUGCCGCCGUGCCCCGUGGAAGAUGUUUGUGCGUGCGGUAGCGCAAGUUCACAACCUGUCCCCCGCCGGAGCCGUGCGGGCGACCUGGACAGCAGCGCCGGCUGCUGCCCGUCCGCCUUUCGCCGUGGCUGCCGUCCGGCGGUUUGGCACCACGCCGACGCAGAGGCACGAGGCGGCUUCUCCCGCCGCCGCCGGGAACUCCCAGACGGGCCGAGACUUCGCGGAGCACAAGGACGAUGACGCGUCUUCCGCCCAGCAAGCCGCGCCGGCAGUCCGGGCGGACGAGCAACCAGCACCCCCAAGACGGCCUCGCAAAACCAACAAUGCCGACGACAACGACGGCCACGACCACGACCACGACGUCUUCGUAGGGGCCACCGGCAGCAGCAGCAGCGCACCCUGCAAGAAGACGGCCGCGCCCGCCGCACCGGCUGCGUCGACGAAGCGCGGCACCAGGCCCGUCGAGUCGGGCCCAGACGACGGCCUUUCGUCCCCGCGUCCGCAGGCGAAGCCGGCAGCCAGGAAGGACUGGCAGGCGCAGAAGGAGGCCUGGAAGGUGCAGAAGGAGGCGCUGAAGCAAAAGUUCCCCGAGGGCUGGCGCCCGCGGAAGCGCCUGUCGCCGGAUGCUCUGGCCGGCAUUCGCGCGCUCAACGCGCAGUUCCCGGAGGUGUACACGACGCAGGCGCUCGCGGACAAGUUCGAGGUGUCGCCAGAGGUGAUUCGGCGGAUUUUGAAGAGCAAGUGGACGCCGUCGGCUGAGGAGGAGCAGGACAGGCAGGAGAGGUGGUUCCGCCGGGGGAAGCAGGUGUGGACGAUGAAGGCGGCCCUGGGCGUGAAGCCGCCGCGGAGAUGGAGGCUGGAAGGCGUGGCGAGGGACGUGGAGUGGCACGAGAGAAGGGAGCGGGCGGUGGAGAGAGAGAGGCAGAGGGACGAGGACGAGAAGAGGGCGGAGAGGGAGAGGAGGGCGAGCGGGAAAACCAGGGGGUGGUAG